AUGGCCAAGACAAAGGCAGCGGUCAAGCCCGCCGUCAAGGCCGCCAAGGCCGAGGCAGAGAACCUGAGCAAGAAGAAGCAGGGAUCCAAGAAGAAGGUGCCCGAGCCCGAGUCUUCCUCCGAGGAGAGCAGCUCAGACGAGGAGGUCGCCGCUGUCGUUGAGUCCAGCAGCUCCGAGGAGUCGAGCGAUGAGGAGCCCGCCGUGCCUGCCAAGAAGGCGGCUGCCUCCAAGAAGGCGCCCGCAAAGAAGGCCGCCGACGGCAGUGCCGUGGAUGCGUCCGCGGCCAACGGCUCCAAGACCAUCUUCAUCAAGAACCUGCCCUGGGCCGCGGACGAGGACGCGCUGCGCGAGUUCUUUGCCGAGGCCGGCCCCAUCGCCGAGGUGCGCAUCGCCUACGACCGCGAGACCGGGCGGGCGCGCGGCUUCGCGCACCUGUCCUUCGAGACCGUGGAGGGCGCGGCCAAGGCCAUCACCCUGUCCGGCCAGGAGCUGGCAGGGCGUGAGGUCUACAUCGAGUCCACCACUGAGCGCGAGCAACGCACUCCCGGGCAGGACCGCUUCGCCGCCAGCGAGGGCCAGACCCUCUUCGUCAAGGGCUUCGACUCCAGCCUGGGCGAGGACGACGUGCGCGCCGCGCUGACCGAGGCCUUUGGCGCCUACGGCGAGGUCACCAACGUGCGCCUGCCCACCGACCGCGAGACCGGUUCCAUGCGCGGCAUCGGCUUCGUGGAGUUCUCCACCUCCGAGGCCAAGAACGCCGCCAUCGAGCUGGAUGGCGCUGAGCCCCGCAUGUCCAUCGACGCGGGCGCGUCGGGCACGGGCCAGAACAAGAAGAUGACUUUUGACGAUUAG